ACGGGCAACAUGCGUAGGGAAACGCGACCGUAAUUCUUAACAUAUUAAAAGAUUUUGUACUUGUAAUAAUGUAGAUUUAUUGUUUGCGCACAAAAUUACCCGUAAAAUUUUCGAUUUUUCUUUGCCGUUACUAUCUGUUUCGGAUACCACUAGUGUCGAACGUUCGUAGUUCCAUGUUCGCUGGGUAUUUCUUUAAAUACGUAAUCGGGAGUGCCGUAUCAAAAUGUCGCGCGAUUACAAUAAAUGAUAUUUCGCGAUUCGUGCCAUAAAAGUGCUAUAACAUCGAUGAAUCUGAGAGGAGGAGCAGGCCCAGGGGGUGUCGGGCGACAGCGGAGCAACUAUAGAAUUAACAUAAAUUACAACUCCGCUGUUUUGCAUCAUGUACAGCGACAAGUCCAGCAGUAGACAUCGAGCCAAAAAUGGAAACGGUCGUACGGAUCGACCAAGAAUUGAAGGUCCUGUGCAAGACCGAAAGACCGCUUCGCGUUUGUCGUGUGGAGAUGCCUAACAUGAAUACUGCCAUAGUGUUAAGUCAGGGAGAUGUGGAAGGAGAUAUCGAGUAUCACGGUGACGGUUGGCACGCCGGCCAAUGUGGGAUCCGUAUCAAGAAGGUGCAAAGAAAACACAAUGGCAUUUUCAAGUGUUUCCUGACGACUGAUAACGUUCGACAUGAAGCAAAUGCAACUCUAAACAUCAUCGUUGCAGAAGCACCAACGGCGAACGAUGUUGCACUCCUCUUGAGUAGGAGUAAUACUCGAGGCACUCAAGGCUACUACAGGAAGGAGGACAAUCUGGAAAUCAGUUGCAAAGCUUCGAAGGGACGACCAGCGGCAAAUGUUUCUUUAUAUCUCGAUGACGAGCUAAUAAAUAGCGACAGAACCACAGUCUUCAACGAUAGUGGCGACUAUAUCUCGAUGCGAAACGCUUCACGCAUAUUAGAUUGGACGGAUCAUAACAAGAAGAUAAGAUGCGUAGUCAGUCACACAGGCCUUGAGGAUCCUCUCGUUAAAGAACGGACACUUUCGGUAGAAUAUGCACCUCUGGCGCAUAAAUCCUUUGAACGCUUCGGAUACGUAAUUGGCAGACAAGGAAUCAUCAAUGUUACUGUUUUUGCGAAUCCUAUGCCUAAAUUCACGUGGAAUAUAAACGGCGAAACUAUUGAAGUAGGAACAUAUGAUAAGACUCAGCGAUUUCAAACUUCAAGCCCCGUUGAAUUAAGAAGUGGUGUAUGGAGUGUAAUUUUGACGAUCAAUAACGUUCAGAAAUCUGACACGGAGAACGAAUACAAAUUGGUGGCGUCCAACAACGAAGGAACGAGUGAAUAUUAUGUCAAAUUGUCGACAUCCUCAGAGCCAGCGGUUGAGUUGGACGCUGGAUCAAUCAUCGGUAUCGUCGUGGGCGUUCUGGUUCUCGUACUCAUUAUUUUCCUCCUAAUCUUUGCACGCGCAACUGGUCGCUGGUGCUUUGCAGAUCGCUCGUCUACCAGGAAUCUCGGCGAGUCAGACUUCGCGGAUCCUGCAACGAGCGUUAAUCUUCUUCGCCUCGACAAAUCAAAAACUGCGGCCGAUGUCGUUAGAAAAAGAAGUGAUACGGAGAGCGCCGGCAAGUAUUCCCGAUCGGAGGUAGACGGUCAAUCGUCUCAAGGACAACAGAAAGGAAAAUUCAAUUUAUCUCGGUUCUUUGGACGGAAUAAGGAUAAAGUAACGAGCACUGAUACGGACACCAUGAAAACUGUCGUCACCGUUGAUGACGAAAAGUCUGCCGAGCCGACUUCGGAAGGAGGUGAAAUCGUGUAUGCAGAGUUAGACCUUCCUGCCAGAGAAUUAACUGCUCAAGCACCCAGCCAACGCAAUAAUCAUAAAACGGAAUACGCUGAAAUCUUGUACACAAAACCAGAAACCGAAGAAACGACUGCCGCGGAUAAAUGAUGAUAUCAUAUGCAAAAAAUUAUUACGUUUUUUUUUAAUUUGAUUUAUGUCUAGACAUGGUAUUUUCUUCCAAAAAGCUAAGAUGUACAACUUUUUAUUUAAAAAAUCAAAAUGAACACAGCUUGAAUAUGGAAUUUGAAUGCGAGAAGAAAAUAUUUUGUUUCGAAGCGUUAUCUUUAUAAUUUGCCAAAUUUAUCGCCAUCAUUCGCAUGUUUUUAUAUUAAAGAGUGGAUAUAAUCGCGUUUCUCGUUAAUCAAAGCCCUGCGAUUACGUAUCUGUGUGUGAUAAUUUGUUGUACGGUAGGUAAUUGUACAUUAUGAUAAUAGGUCGCUAUUUCCAUCUGUCCUGAUGCGUUUACGUAAUCAAUAAUUAUUGAAUUCGAGAGUUAAGCAAAAGCAGUUUCAUCAAUUAACAAUGGCUGAAAUAUAUAAUUUAUGGCAAUGUGCAAUUGCCUUCAAUAAGGCCGUAACAUCUUUUAAAAAGGUAUAUUCAAGUGGCAAGAUAUUUGUCAUAUAAUUUUCAUUUAAAAAAAAUUAACAUUUUCUUUGGGAUUUCAUAAAAAGCAUAAGUUUUAUCAGUUAAAUCUUUUACUCACAAUCAGAUAAGAAACUUAAAUUUUUUAAUAAGAAUUGCCAUUAUCAAUUUGCACUUUCUUGAGAUCAUUCCAUUCUCAAUUUUUUUCUGUCUAUGACAUAUAUGACUAUCACGAUGUUAUACUAACAAUAAGCGUCGCGCCAAUCGUACUUAAAUGUUAUUGUUAAUACUGUUAUUGUCCAGUUAAAAAUAAUACAUAAUAAUAACUAUAUCGUGAAAGUCAUACGCUUAAAAGUUGUUUAAACAAUUUAAUCACUUCAAAAUUAGGAAAAUAAUCGUGGGGGGAAGAAAAUCUUAAAAAUAACCAGCGUAGAGUCAAAAAACUAACGUAAAGAAACAUAAAACAAUAUUAAAUCUAUUGAAAUUAUAGAAACAAUUUUUUAAGCAAAGCUACCCCUUCUGUGUAUUGUGAAGUUUAAUGUGCUUAACAAUUAUACAUUUAAGCUGUAUUGUAUAUCAUCGAUAUUUACUAAUAACUGUAUGAUGUAAUUUGAUUUUAUUACAAUUAUGUCUUGCGUAAUUUUUAAAUAAUUUGUAAAUGUAAGAUUAGGCUUUUUUAAAGCGUAUUAUUAUAUCCAACAAAUCAUUUAAUAGCAAUGCAAAUUUAGAUGUAAGUUGAUUUUUAAUUCCAUUUUAUUGAUUCGAUCAUAUUCUAAAAUAUGAUAUUAUGUCGAUUCAAGCGUCUUUUGCCGUCCACUACUAAUAAAUUUAGUUACUUUUUGUACGCUUUUAUUUUAAUAAAUAUGUAAGAAUAAAAAGCGUGAAUCAAAUCAAGCCUGUACCUUUAGCUUUUAAUUUACUAAAUCAUUAAAUUCCAGAAAUAAAACCAGUUUUGAAAUUCUAAAAAAGAUACUGGAAGCUUUAUAUAACAACUAGCCGUAAAAUGUAGAAACACUUUUAUAAGAAUGCAAUUAAACUUGGAUAACUAUGAAAACUUG